AAGUAAAAUAUUUUUUUUCCAAUUUGAUAUUUUUUUCUCAGUAAUCCUUUUUAACACAUUGCUAUCGGCGCACAUGUGACAUCUUUGGUCACUUGACGUGUUAAAGUAGCGGCUGAGACAUCAAAUAACAUUUUGAAUAAUGCACCGGUUAUUUGUAUCCGAAUGACGCGAUUUAUAUUUGCAUAUUCACUCUAAUUGAAUUAUCACACCAUUUAACGAGGCGAUAUAUAAAGAUAAAAUCAUAUGAGAGAAGAUUUAAUAUAACUAAAAAUUAUUUAACUAACAAUAUGCAUCCUAUCUUUGUACUUUAUCCCAGUUUGGAAAAAUAAAGUGCAUCUACUAUAAUUAAUAUCAAGUCUACAGCAUCAAGAAUUUAACUUGUUAAAAAUUGUUGCAAGAAACGUAGUACACAUUUCGUGACAAUGCAUAAAAUACGUCGAAGAUUCUUCGAGAACCUUGAACGAGUUAUCUGUGUGGUAUUUUCAUUAACAAGCCUGUUACGAUUCUACGAAUCCUGAAGCUCCAUCAUGUUGUAUGCACAAUCGCACAUGUGCCUUUUUUUUUUUUUAUAUAAAUACAAUUAAAAGUUAAUUUCUCUUUUUUCUCUUUUAUGAAAACGGUAGAUCUUAUAAAUACUUGAAACUGUUUUAACACUUGCGAUUGAUUUAAAUAUCUAUGUAAUUUUAUAAAUGUGUCCCUACUUUUCUUUUCGCGAGAUUCUAAAUGCAGUUGCAUGCAACCAGAUGAGGAAAUUUUCCGCUGCCACUUAUGAACAGAUUGAGAAUACGUAAUGCAAAAGCACCUACGCAUAUUUGAUGGUGUUAACAUAUGCACCACGCGUAUGCAGUGGUGUUAACGAGGUACAGAUGCUCGGUGCUAUAAAAGUGGCGGUCGGAGUGUGUCUCAAGCCUAUAGUUUAAAAAAUGUGCGCUGCUGCAUAUCGCGUUCGGUCCUUUUGGCCAUUUUACAUUGCAUACUUAGUAUUGACAUUGAUAUUAUCAUUGUCAAUGACAUUACAAGUGAGUGCGAGUCCAUUACCGGAUCUUACACAACAAUACCAAAAUUUGCUAGCCGAGGCUUCCACAGAUAAUUCGACGGACAGUACGACAGAUGAUUCGACGAUUGCGGCCAAUACUGAUGUAUACGUGGUAAAGGCUGUAGUUUACGAAAUCGGAAUUCUCACGGAUACGGACAAUACAACGAGUAGCGAAAGUACUGAAAAACAAGAAAGAAUUGAUAUAUCGUUGUACGAUCCGCCGCACUCAUAAACGAAAUCUCGUAAUCUCCAACGAAUUUUUCUAUCUUGAAGCACAU